UCACACUUGGGACAUCCCUGUCAGAGGGACACUGGCUGGUCAGGGCAGACACUCCCCCUCCAUCACCGCGGGGUGGCGCUGCAGUCCCAGUGAGAUGCGGAUGAGCUGUAGAAGCAGAAAUCUGCUCUCAUCCCUGGAUCCAAUACCACAGCGUGAUGGCCGCAGCAGUGGAUGGAGCUGUUAAAUAUUGUUUAAUUUAUUGAACUACCUCACAUAUACAGCGUAUGAUUUGCGUCUCUCUCAGCUUGGAAACAACACUGCAAGUGGUCUCCGCUGCGCUUACAAGACUCGCCUGCUCCCACCGACUGUGACCCCGGCCAUCAGGAAGAAGUUAAGCUAGCAGGCUGUAUGGCUGAGCCGGAGCUUUUGCUGGACUCCAAUAUUCGACUUUGGGUGGUGUUACCCAUCGUCUUCAUCACCUUUCUUGUUGGGGUGAUUCGGCACUAUGUAUCCAUUCUUCUUCAAAGUGACAAGAAGUUGACGUUAGAACAAGUAUCUGACAGCCAAGUUCUUAUUCGGAGCAGAAUCCUCAGGGAAAAUGGAAAAUACAUUCCCAAACAGUCUUUUUUGAUGAGGAAGUUCUACUUCAAUAAUCAAGAAGAUGGAUUUUUCAAGAAGACCAAAAGAAAGGUUGUUCCACCCUCUCCAAUGACAGAUCCCAGUAUGCUGACAGAUAUGAUGAAAGGAAAUGUCACCAACGUGCUUCCCAUGAUCCUCAUUGGAGGCUGGAUCAACUGGACCUUUUCAGGAUUUGUUACAACUAAGGUUCCCUUCCCUCUGACUUUGCGCUUCAAGCCCAUGCUGCAGCAAGGAGUAGAGCUACUCUCCCUGGAUGCCUCCUGGGUGAGCUCGGCGUCAUGGUAUUUCCUGAACGUAUUUGGACUACGAAGCAUGUACUCUUUAAUUCUAGGCCAAGAUAAUGGUGCCGAUCAGUCGAGGAUCAUGCAGGAGCAGAUGAGUGGUGCCGCAAUGGCUAUGCCUGCAGAUACAAAUAAAGCUUUCAAGGCGGAGUGGGAAGCACUGGAACUUACUGACCAUCAGUGGGCGCUGGAGAGUGUAGAGGAGGAUCUGAUGAGCAGAGAGUUGGACUUUGAUGGCAUGUUUAGCAAGGAGCUGCCAAGUGGUAUCUUCUGAUGGCCUGGUUCCACCUGGAGCCUUCAAUUUGAAUUUUGAUCAUUGCAGGGAUUUGUUUUUGGUUAAAGCAACAGAGAUGGGACAAAUCCCUCCAUGUUAUGCAACGUUUACAUUCACUUAUUUGUGGUCCUCGUCUUUUCACAUGUAUUAUUACCUUUCCAUUCCUGUCCAUAGACUAUCUGAAAUCAAUUAAUAAUACACUGGUUCUGCUCCUGUCUCAUCUCUUUUGAGACAAGACAAGAAGGCUUUUUGCUUAUUGGAAUGCAUUAUUAUUAGCUUGUAACUGUAUGCCAUCAUGCCAUUAGGUAAUAGAAUGUGAACUACCUAGUGCUUAUUGUUUCUUAUGUCUUGCACAGCUAGACUAGCUGUCUUAAUUUUCAUAUGUAUCAUCAUGUUUAAACAAUAGAACACAAUACCAUUUAACAUGUCUGAAUGAUGUUUAUUUAAUUAUACUUUAACAAUCUUUAAUGACUCCUUUGUUAGGUCAUAGAUAAAUCAGCGGUUCUGUGUGAGCUGCCUAGAGUUGGAAGUAGAACCAGAACUGAUAAGCUGUAGGCAGAGAAUGUUUGUGUGAUUGAAAUGUUGUGAUUUUGAAUUAUGUAGAUGGUUUAUUUUGUAAUGUAACUCCUCUGUGUUUUGUACAGCAUAAAGCCUGUUUUGACAAAACA